AUGGUGAACCCAAAAGGUAUUCGUCGUGGUACACGUUAUAUGUUUGCUAGAGAAUUUCGGAAACAUGGGAUUGAACCGUUGUCGACAUUUUAUCGGACUUACAAACGUGGUGACAUCGUUGACAUUAAAGGAAACGGUGCCUUUCAGAAGGGUAUGCCUUUCAAGGCAUAUCAUGGACGAACUGGACGUGUUUUUAAUGUAACCAAACAUGCUGUAGGAGUUUUGGUCAACAAACGCGUCAGAAACCGCAUUCUACAAAAACGUAUUAAUGUUCGCAUCGAGCAUGUGAGACCGUCGAAGUGUCGUCAAGAUUUUCUGAACCGAGUUAAGGAAAAUGAGGAAAAGAAGAGGAUUGCGCGGGAAACUGGUCAAAUGGUACCAAUCAGAAGAAUGCCAAAAGAGCCGAGGAAAGCCCAUUUGGUCAAAACACGUUCCAAUAAGCCUCAGUUGCUCGUUCCAGUAAAAUUCGAAAUUAUUGCUUGA